AAUGAGUUCCACAAGGGGCGCAUACAAGUCCUUGACUCAAGAGCAAUCACAGGCACACACCAGCCAAUCAUUCCCCCUUCACGACCGUCCUCACCUCUCCACAACUCUGGAAAUCGAUUCCUCUGAGCUUUAUAGUCACGAUGACGAUGAAUACAAAGGGUUCCAAGUGACCAUUUCAAGACAACAUCAUCGCGAUAAUGUUAAUGAUAACGAUAACGAUGACGAUGACGAUGAUGAUGAUGAAGACGUGGAUGAAGAACACAUGAACGAUGUUGCACCACUAGCCAAUUCAAAACACUUUGACUUUGAAAAAUCAAGGUUGCAACGUCCUUCACGUGCCUCACACCCCUGCAAGAUCCUCGCAACGGUUUUCGGAACAGCCAUGGUCGUCUCACUUGCAUUUGCACUUCUGUCACUCCUUCAUCUUGAUGACACCACCCUGGACCAAAAGGACAGUACUGAUAAUAAUAAUAAUACCACAGUACCCGAUAAUAGGAUCCUAAAGCCUCCUCCCGGCAUCAGCAUCGAUGACUUUAGUCUAUCUCAAUUCCAUUUACCGCCUUGGGACUGGGACAUCAACACCUUUUUACCAAUCAACAUUACAAAUGGCUUAAAGUUCACUCAGAUUCGGUGGAAGGAUGGAAAACAAUAUCUGGCUGUGGACUGUCCCGGUCAGGGUGACUAUCGCUACCGUUUUCCAUCCUUUAUGAAGGACGAGUUUCGGAACCACCCAACGAUGAGCCAGGGGAUUGAUGAUCUAUUGCCUAUCGGGGAUGAACCCUAUGUAUUUGUCCUGUGUCCGCCCGGAGUCAAUAACGCCAACGUAGUCUUUCGUGAGUUUGAUGCUACGGACACAAACAAUAAUCCAGACGCCCCACCCCCUAUUGCAGGAACCAUGGAGACCCCGCAGCCUCUAUUGGAUGAUGUCGUGAUGAUUUUGGUGGAUGCGAUCUCGAGAGCAAAGUUCACGAUUGAAAUGAAGGCCGUGAUGGAGACUUUGACACAGAUUAAUUCUACAGCAACCUCAGAAGAUGAAGGGCACCGGAUCUUUGACUUUGAACAUUACAAUGUCCUUGGACAGAACUCACCUCCUAACAAAGCUUUUAUUUACUCUGGACAGUCCAUCGAAAAUAUGAGACAUGGACCCAAACAUUGGCUAUGGGAUGUCUUUGAGGAACAAGGAUUCCGAACAGCACACACAGAUGGAGAAUGUGGAGGUGAGCAAGGGAUUCAUGAUUACACAAGCGGCGCAAUCUCAUUCGAAUAUUCACAUCUCAAUCGGCGCAUUCCUGCCCAAUACCAAAUGCCCCAGCCUGUGUGGUGUGAAAACCAUGAUAUGCAUGUUGUAUCUCAAAUCUGGGGACAAAGCUGCAAAUUACCUGAAACCGUCAAUUAUGACACAGCUUUGAUGGGCGGGAUGAGGUGGAAUACCCCUUAUUGUGCAGGCGAAAAGGCCAUUCACGAGCAUAUUAUGGAAAAUCUGGAAGGCUGGCUGACGAGUACAAAGGGACAGCGACGAUUCGCAACCUACUCCUUCAUGGAUACUCAUUCUCCUGAUCAUCAUCACAUAUCGUUUGAUAAACGACUGGCUCUUUUUAUUAAAAGCUUACUUGUUGGUCAUGAUGGACAACCACCACUGUUGACUCCUAAGAGCGCACUCGUCAUCAUGGCAGACCACGGAUUACAUUAUGGUCGCGAGACUUAUACAUUUCCGGGAUUUAUUCAUCACAAGAUCCCACCAUUGUAUAUAGCACUACCUCGCCAACUACUCUCUAGUCGACCAGACUUUGUUCAGGCCUUGGAGCAGAAUCAAAACCGCAUAUUAUCUCACUUGGACCUCCAUCAGACCUUCCUUCAUUUGGCUUAUGGAGACAUGCCUAUUUCUGCUUCUGAUGGAGGCUAUACAUCAUACAUGACAAAGCUCAUCGCCGAUGGCACCUUCCGUCAGCAGUUCCACCCCGGAGCCCCAAAUCAGACGUCGUAUGCACAAGAAUAUGGUCGAUCCCUCCUCCUUCCUAUUGAAGAAGAUCGAACUUGCAGUUCUGCGGGUAUACCCAAUGAUUUCUGUGCCUUUCAACCUUUUUUGGAGCUUGACCCUCGUAAGGAGAUGGAUGCAACAUUCUUGCGUGGGAGUUUGCUCUUACUGGCGAAGCGAAUGAAUGAGCUGAUCCAAAUCCAUCGCGUGGAUGAUGUGUGCCAGACAACCAGUUUGGUCUUGCAACCCCUCUUGGUUGUCCCUUCAGUAAGUUCUACGUUUGAUGAUAUUGGGACACAGGAUUUAGUGAUGGAAUCGGCCUAUGCUUCUGCAAUAACAAAUCGAGUUUCUCGACAACAGCAGCAACAACCACAGAGCAAUUCACGUGUAUUUUAUUUUAUGGUGCGAGAUCGACACCGUCCCAACCGAAAGUACUCGAUCACCAUGCGGGAAGAUGAGGUCGUGAUGGAGAAAGGAGAUAGUAUAAGGAUCCAACAGAUGAGCGCCUACGCAGCUGAAUGGCGCCCUUGUGCAAGGCGGAUUGUAGCGGGCGGUCGAGCUGUUGGCAAGUGGCAGGAUAUUAUCAAACAUUUUUGUGUUUGUUAAGGACAUUGAG